AGAUGUGAAAUGCGGCGCGAGACGUGAAAGCUUCGAAAAACUUAUUAUGAGCGACUAGCGAGACUCAGUUGAAAUCAACGUGCGUAACGGUGGUGUGUGAGAGUGCGUGAUUUUUUUUAUUUACACAUGGUUUGUUGGAUUUUUUAUUUAUUGGAAAAUAUUCAAAAGGAUAUCGGUCACUGAAAUUAUGAUAUUAUUUUUGUAAGGUUAGGAAUACAAUAGUAGUAAGUACUAUUUUUAUACGAAAACAUAACAGUACAAAAUCCAGAAUAAAAGUACAAAAAUUUCUAUACAAAUCUCAGAGGAAAAUCAGGUUUACCAUAAUGACAAUAAAAACAUCAAUUUUUCUAUGACUAUUUUUUAUAGAAGACAGUUUAGAAAACAAAAACGCCAUGAUUUUAAGUUAACAAUGCAGAUUGUAUAUGAUGAGUGAAACCCUGAGUCAGGAUCCAGAUGGGCUGGGGGCCGCUUACACCACCCUAGCUCCAUCGUAUCCCCCCACACCCGCGACUCCUAGUUCCACCAUACAGGAAGGGCCACCGGGAGCUAAUCUACCUCCGUUCUCGACGUUUUCCGCCGACAUGGAUUCCGGUGGAUCUUUUAGUUCCGUAUCAGAUCGUUUGUUUAGUGAUGCUAGAUUGUUAGACAUAUCAAACUGGGACUAUUAUACGGAAGCUAGACUUUUAGAUCGAGGUGAAAACGCCUUAUCGAUAAUAACAUCUCAACCGCAAUACCGACCGUGGGAAUCGAAACCGGUGGACGCGUCCACAUCCACUUACGCCACCACGACACCAGUUAAUACUUUAGCCGAAGCUUUCGCUCAACAAAACGGCGCUUCCAAAUUACCUUCAUUCCAAUCUCAAUUCCAAUCGUUUAACGAAACCGCAACUACCACAGAACCAACUCUAACAACUCUAACUAACUUAACUCCAGUUUCUCCUAAUUCUUCUAGUCCGCAAAGUCAUACUUUAACUACUUUGAAUUCGAAUUUCCAUACUUUAAGUGCUAGGAAUUAUCCUUUAGUACCUGCUCCGAUACAAGCUAGGGAAAUACCUUCCAUUCAACAACAAUUUUUAGACGAAAGACAUAUUCAAUUAUACUCCCAUCCACCUACCAAUAUUACUUUGAAUAAUACCUUACACCCGACUUUUUUGAACAGUCAAAACGGAGCUAUAAUCCAAAAUAAUCAACUGAUUUCAUCACCUACGGUAGUUACUGUACUAAAAUCGGAACCGGAUAUCAAAUUAACGACUUUACAAGAUUCCAUUAAAAUCCAAAACGUCGGUCUUCAUCCUACCCAAUUCCAAAAUCCCAUGACUCAAAUCCACACCAACACGGACGCCGGAUUGUAUAACGGCGUCGAGAAAAAAAUUAACGGUAACAUGAAUUCGCCCACGCGGAAUGAUUUUAGAAAAAAAGAAAGACGGAAAAUUCGCGCUUCGAGUUUGGAAAGCUCGGUGGAUAGUGACGGGGCGUCCAGUAAUAUGGAUAUCGGUUCGGAAAAUUCGGGACAAGUGGCGGCUAUAUCGAGUACCGCCGGUUUUAAAACGCACCAAAUGCACGUUAAUAGUUCGAUAGAUAUGGAUACGGAUAUAAGUGGCGGUAGCGUCGAUAAACAGGUGAAGAAAAAGCGGAAACGGUGCGGUGAAUGUGUCGGAUGUCAAAGAAAAGACAAUUGUGGUGAUUGUGCCCCGUGCAGGAACGAUAAAAGCCAUCAGAUUUGCAAACAGAGGCGAUGCGAAAAAUUGACGGAGAAAAAGAACCUCUAUCAAGAUGGUUUCCUACGUGGUGAAUCGCGAAGAGGGAGGGGCAAAGGAAGAGGUGGAGCGAGCUACCGUGGUAGGAAACCCGCUGGAUCAGGAGCGCCUUUAGGGGGUGGUCCAAGUCUAGUUUCGAACGAAUCGAACGGUAGUUCGGUAGUUACCCCCUCGGUACAACCACCUUCGAGACCGAGUCCACAACCUACCCAAGUGCAACAAUCAAUGCCCGUCCAACAACAACCAAUGACUCCAAUGCCUUUUUACGCCGAUCCAAAUCGAUUCCCCACUCCCGUAUGGCAAGCUGAUCCGUCGCAAGGUUGGCCCCAAGGUCAGUUUAUUCAACAAAUUCCGGCUGCCGGACAACCGAUCGAAACUUACCAACAAUACCCGAACGGAAUAUACCAGGCGACGUAUCAACAACCCGCUUUCGAAACUAAUACCUUUUAUACGGGGGCCGUUCAAGUUUUAACUAAUACAAGACCACCAAGCGCACCGAAUCAACAAGUGCAGUUGGCACCGCCGCGUCCAAACUCGAAUUAUUCCCAUACACCGAGUCCUAAUCCAGCUCAACAACAACAACAACAGCAGCAAACGAAUAACGGAAGACAGUAUCAGGAAUACAGCAUACAGGGCAAUCAACAAACUUCGCAACAGAAUUUCCUACAAGGUGCUACCAGUGGAUCGGAUAAUAACCAAACUGGUACGAAUUCAAGACCGAGUUCAGUGAAUUCGAUAAUGAAUCCUCCAACUCCGAAUCCGAAUUUCAGUCCUCAACAACAACAACAACAAUCAGCUCAACAAUCCAACAACACGUAUACCCCCAUAACCAACUUCAGUCCGAAUUACGUGAACGCCAAUUCGGGAAACGCGCAGCCUGGGUACCCACAAGUGAACAACAGCAGUCCGCAGCUAGAUUCACACAGCUCUAGUGGUUAUCCAGGCCAGGAACAAUACAGCGGACAACAAUGGCAAAACGACGGUCAAAUAAUCUGGGAACAACAAGUCAAAAUGGAACCGAACUACGAACCACACCAAGAACAAACUAAUAAUCAAUACCUGCAACAACAGAACGAUAAUAAUAAAAUGGACGACGUACAAGCUACCAAAACAUUUUCCCAAGCCGAUAAAGUUAACCUUAAUACAAGAAUAAAAACGAUGAUACUCAAUAAACAACAAGAAAAUAACAAAAUGGAAGAUACCAAAGAACAAAAUUCGACCGGUCAUUUUUUAUCGUAUAGCCACCAUCAUCGCUUAACAAAUUCGUUAAGCGUUGAUGGUGGCGUCAAGAAUCGAUUCGAUUCGUUCAAAUCCGCGAUCAACGUCGUCGAUUCAUCUCAAAUCAGAUCGGUACAAAUGGAAGAAACGCUCAGAGAGCUUAAGGGAAAACGAAACAGAAACUUCACUACCUCGACUCCGGUUAAAAAUAUGUCUCAGGAUAAAUGUAGGCAAUUGGGUAUGGAGAUACCCAGUUGCAAGUGCUUUCCUUUGGACGGAGCGCCCCCCGAACCGGGUACAUAUUAUACUCAUUUGGGGUGCGCUAAUAAUUUGAAAAGUUUGAGAUACGAUCUGGAAUGUAGGACUGGCGUUAAGGGAGUUUCUAUUCGGAUAGAGAAGAUCAGAUAUACCGGUAAAGAAGGAAAAACGGCGCAGGGGUGUCCUAUUGCCAAAUGGGUGAUACGUCGUCAAAACAAAAACGAAAAAUACUUGGUAAUCGUCAAACAACGACACGGUCACUAUUGUCGUUCGGCUUUUAUCGUAGUAUGCCUCGUCGCGUGGGACGGAGUGGACCAAGAAAAUUCCGACGAACUUUACAACCUCCUCUCUAACAAACUCAACAACUACGGUAUUCCGACUAAGCGCCGAUGUUCGACGAACGAUCCUCGAACGUGCGCCUGUCAAGGUAUCGACGAAACCACGUGCGGAGCUAGUUACACGUUCGGUUGUUCGUGGUCGAUGUAUUACAACGGCUGCAAAUUCACCAGAUCCAAGGAAGUGAGAAAAUUCCGUUUGACCGAUAAACAAGAAGAAGCGAUAAUCGAAGAUAAACUUCAAAAUUUAGCCGAUCACAUCAGUCCGAUUUAUCGAUCGCUGGCGCCGCAAUCGUUCGAAAAUCAAAUCCGUUACGAAAACAUCGCAUCCGAUUGCCGUUUGGGGAAAUUACCGGGUCGACCUUUUUCCGGAGUGACGGCUUGUUUGGAUUUUUGCGCGCACGCUCACAAAGAUUUACAUAACAUGAUCGACGGAUUAACCGUAGUCGUUACUUUAUGUAAACAUAGGGGUUUGGAGAAACCGCCCGAUGAACAACUUCACGUUUUACCCCUGUAUAUACCGGAAGAUACCGACGAAUUUAAUUCCAAGGAAAACCAGGAAAGGAAAGUUGAAAUUGGCGCCAUAGAAGUUUUGGAAAAAUACACUUGCGAAGUUCGUACCUCUUCCACUCCGGCCGAAAAAUGCGUAAUAAGAAGAUCCAAAAAAAACCAAGGAACGAAAAAACCAAAAAAAAAAUCUUCGACACCUGAAUCGCCAUCUUCCUCGAAAUCAUCGACGUCUCCAUUAGGUACUAAUGAAGUGCAAAGUAAUCAGAUAACGAGUACCGUAUCCGGUUAUCCUAAUAAAACGAUAUCGAGGUACGAAACUUUUUCUGACAGUAGUAAUAACAGUUCCUCUUCUUCUUCUUGGUAUUCUUCAAUAAACGAUUGUUUAUACGGUAAUAGCAGUUACGUUUCCUCUCCCUCUCCAACGUUACCGAAAUUUUCCGUUUUCAAAACGCCCUACAAUCAAGAUUAUUAUUAUUCACCGUAUAAUUAUUACCCUUCCCCGUAUAAUAAUUAUUUCUAUAGCGUUAGCAACAACCCUUUCGACGAUUCCUAUUCGAAUAUCGAUACCACCCCACCCCCGAUUGAUAAUAAAGAAAAAACCAUCGAUAUUUCUUAUACCGAUAACUCCGAAUGUUUCCGGGACGUUAAUAUAGGUGGCGUGGCUAUCGCUCUACCUCACGGUAGUAUUUUAUUCGAAUGCGCCAAACACGAAUUGCACGCCACUACGGCCCUAAAAGUCCCAAAUAGAAUUUCCCCUACACGUAUUUCAUUAGUAUUUUACCAACAUAGAAAUAUGAAUAAACCCCAGCACGGUUUGGACGAGUACACAGAGAAAAUGAGACGGAAAUUAGACGGUAUCGAUAUCGAUGUUAGUCAUUCUCUAAAAACCAAUAAUGAUAUUGUCGUUAGAGCGCCGACGUUACCAUCUCAAAGUUUUACUACUGUUUUUCCAAUGUAUCCCUGUAUCGUUACAGGUCCUUAUCAAGAAAAAAUGCCCUUUGCGUAUCCAGACAAAACCUGAGAUGUAUUUGCUUCCGGUUUAUCCUAAUUUUAGUUGCAAGACUGCUUUAAGGUUAGAUCCCGUUAAACCGAGAUACAACCCGGAACCCCUGACAUCUGGUUAUAGUUUUUUAUUCGGAAAGGGUUGUCUGAUUCAUCUGAUUCCGGAAGAUAUUCAGGACGAAACCUGCAAAAAGAAUUAAAUAGAAAUACGAAUUGAAUGAAUCGUUGCAUCGGAUCGUUUUUUUUUAUUAUUUUUUUUCAACAAUAAUAGAAAGAUCGAAUGCAAUGAUUCAUUUUCAAAAAAAAAAUUAACGUAGUUUCGAAAAAUAAUUAAAAAAAAUAUUUUUCCUUUCUGAAAUUGAACCACUACUUUUUUUUAAAGAAACAAAAAGUUUAUAACCUCAAAUAUUUUCGAUAUAUAUAUAUAAAUAUGAGGCUGAAAUUAAUUUUUUUUUACAAAACUUCUAAUUUAUCUAGAACAAAAAUGACUUUUAUACUGCUUCUUUAACAAGCAUCUGUCAUUUGGUUCAUGUCAAAAUUUGAACAAUUUUUUCAAUAUAAAUAAAUCAAAAGUUCAGGGUUAACCUCAAAUAUUCUAAUAUUUUAAAUAAAUAUAAGGCUGGAAUUGAGUUUUCUUUGACAAAACUUUUGAAUUUUUGAGGAAAAAAUGACCUUAUACGAGGAUUGUUCCAAAUGGCAACGCUGCUUCUUUAACAAGCAUCUGUCAUUUGAUUCCUGUCAAAAUUUUUUCAAUAUAAACAAGUAAAAAAGUUAAGAGUUAACCUCAAACCUAAAUACAUAUAAAUAUGAGUCUGAAAUUGAAUUUGACAAGACUUCUGAUUUUUGAGUAAAAAAUGACCUUUGUAGAGAUUGGCAUUUAUUGACACGUCCUCGUAUCAUAAAAAUUUUUUAUAAAUAAAACAAGCCCAGCUCACAUAAAAAAUAAUGUUCAAUUCGACUUUUUUUCCAUUUUUCCAAUCACAAAGUAGUUUCUUGUCAAAUUUAUUAUUCCAAUUUUGACAGAAGUCAAACGGAAGAACUGCAGCUAAAAGAUCGGAACUUGCCAUUUAUCGAUGUACGCUUGUAUUAUAAAAUUGAAAAAAAAAUUAAAUGGGCAUAGCUUUCCAUAAAAAAUAAUAUCUAAUGAAUAUAGAAUUGAUUUUUUUCAAUUUCUCUCCUCAAAUCACCUAGUAGUUUGCUGUUAAACUCAAAAUAUUUUUUUUUUGAAUGACAAAUGACUUUUGACAGAAGGAGAGUAACCCUCGUAGUUAACAGACCCGAGAUUAAAAUUUAUUGACGCACCCACGUAUCAUAAUUUUUUUUCAAAACAAACAUAAAUGCAUUUGAAUUAAAUAGAUUCAUAAUUAAAAAAUUACUUAUAUAAAAAAUAUUCACUAUAGAUUAUCAUUCAACAUUCAUUUUUAACGAAUUUGGUUUUUAACUUACCUUGAUAUAAAAACGUGAUAUAAAUUCAUAAUUACUUCGAAUGUUGGUGAUACUAUUUUUAAACGUAGUAGAAAAACACUUUUUAACGAGUUGUAUUGAAAUUUUUAUUACAAAAACCAUUCGUUCUGAGCUUAUGCAUUAUUCAUUUCAGAUAAACAAAUAAGACAUUUAGUGUUUGAGGUUAACAACAAUGAAAUUCUUUUUUUAUGGCCUCUAUUGCUAUAAACGUAUAGUAAACAUCUAAAAGCAGUUCGUAGUACAUUAACUCAGCAGUCUUAUAAAAGAAGAAUUAAUAAUUUCAACGUAACUUUUGAUCUAAACAUCUAAAAGUAUUUUGUAGUACAUUAACAGUCGUCUUGUAAAAGAAGAAGAUUUAAUCGUUUCGACGUAACUUUAUUGUUAUAUUUUUCGAAACUAGCGUUUUUUUGUAAAGUAGUACGAAAUAAUGUGAGUGCCUCUGAUCUCGAACUAAAUAAAGUACAAAUAAAAUUGAUAAGUCUUUGCUGCUGCUAUAAUAGAAACUGAAGAUGAUACCAAAAAAAAAUAAAUAAGUCCAAGUUGUCUAUUAUCCUGCACAAGUUUUUUAUGAUCUUUAUCACAUUGCGGAUUUUUAAUUGCCAUUUUUAAGUUAAGUUAGUGUGUGAGACAAAAAAAAAACGCGAUUAUCAACUAAUCGACAAAUGUUACUCAGGUAAUAAGUUAACUUGAUUCACAAAAUACUUAAUAAAGUUAAAAAAAAGAAACUAGAUUAUAUUUUUUACUGUUGUGAAUAAAUGUAGUUUAUCGUGUAUUCGCUAAAACCAUUGAAUCUUCUUUAAUAUAGCUGUGUAAGUAAAAAAUUUGUUCAUAUUCACCAAUAUAUGAAUCAACUCAUUUUCUAAAUAGAAAAUAUUAUUUAAAAUCAAAUCAUAAGUUUGCUAAAUAUUUCGCUUUUAAUUCACAUAAGCUGUCUUAUCUAUUUAACCUAAGAAAUUGAGAGAAUGCUUAAAAUAGUUAAAAAAAAACAAAUAAUUUUCAAUUUCCAUUGAAAAACUUGAAAAUACUAAUUUGGACACCUUUUCUAUUCCACGUUGGUUCUUUAAUUUUGACUGCACAAGAACAAAUGUGCUAACGGAAGCUGAAGAUAUGUUGCACUUAAAACCUCUUUUAUGGUAUGUAAAUGCUUUCCAAUUUCAGGUAUAUCUAUUUACUUUCCACUAGUUGAAUCCGAAAAGUUCUGAUGUUAUUUACAUUAUUUUUUUGAAAUGGCUCCAACUGGACAACAUACAUUUCCUUAAUCGUUUCCAGAGCAAGAUUUCUCUUGUGCUCUGUUAAACUAUAUGACUUUAGAUGGGUCCCACCGUAGCGUACCAAAGUUUAGUGGCACCCGGGGCGGGAUAUUAUCUUGUCAUCCCCUCAGAAAUGAAUUCGAGUAUAUUUUCCAGUAAAAACAAACAGUUCAAAAUAAUCCCACAAAAAAAUUUAAAAUCAACCUUUUUACUGCCUCGAAAUUCAAGUAUAUUCCUGUUGUAGAACUUCCUCGUAGACCCCUGGGGGUCAGUCUAUAGGACCCAGCACGUGUUAACCACUGACACGUUUGACACAUGCAACCCACAAUUUUGUACUGAAGAGUGGUGUCUGGGGUAGCGUGGCACUAACGUAAAUUUUCAGAAAAAUUGUAAAUUGUCGGUCUGUGAAGACUUCAGAAGGUUAAAGAAUUUAAACCAUCAAUAAAAUGAUUCAAUUCAUUUUUUCAUUUCGAAAUCUAUUAAAUUCCUUAUGCGAUCUGAAUAGUAUUAUUUGUUUAUUGACUCGUUUGAUUUGCUUCUAGUAGUUAAUCAGUUGAAUAAAAUGGAUUUUACUCAUUCUAUCAUAUUGUAUUGUACCGAACACCUUUUGAAAAUCCAAAUUACUGGUUUUGGGUAGGAAUUUGUUGAUUAAAUAUCAGAAUGUUAAUUAAAAGUUGAAAAUUUAAAUUAAAGAUUAUAAUUAAAGGGUAUAUGAUUAUAAAUAUUUAUUUCUGGAGGUGUAACUAUAAAUAACAAUGCUUUAAACCCAUAAAGAAAUUAUUACAAUUUAAUUAAGUUGGAUUUAAUGAAAUUUUGGCGAAAACCGUCUUUUUUGUCAUUAGAAUGCGUUUAUUCACAAAUUGAGGUAGGUCUACCUCUAAUCUUGUAAAAUAGUAUAGUAGAAAAAAAUCCGUAAUUAUUGCCUUUACCAUUAAUUAUACAGUAUGUAGCCGUAAAUUGGAACUAUAUGAAAAACCCUUUCGGGAAAAAAGUUAUACCUGAUGAAAAAAUUUUCAAAUCGUUUACGAAGUUUAUCAAAAAGUACGAAUUUUACUUCUAGAUCAAUAUAAAUCAAAAGUUUGGUGAACAACAAUGUGUUUUUUAGCGAAAUUUAGUUUUGGAAAUCAAGAUGGUUUCCUGGAAUUUUUCUAUUUUCAUUUUUAUGGAACUUUUUAUCUUGAUUUGUUAAAUAACAUUUAUCUAUGGUUUUAAUAUUUGAUAAUUUAGAAAAUUGUCAUUAAAAACGACUUUCAUAUGAAUUUGUUCAAUUAGUUUUUUAUUUUAAAUUUUUUACAAACUUUUUUUUAAAUUAAUUGAAAAUAUUAUUACCAGUUGAUUGCGUUUUAGAUUUUAUAACUAAUCAAGAAUAACUUUUUUCUAAAAUAAAUAAAAAAGUUUUGCAUACGGUUACAACUUAAGUACAUAUACAGUAUGAUCACAUAUUAAUAUAAUUUAUUUCAUAAACUACAAAGGUUUUUAUGAGAAAUGUAAUAUUGUAUCUUAUUAAUAAGUAAACAAAAGAUAAUUUUUUUUGAAAUUUAUCAGUUUUUAUGUAAUUAAUUUUUUGUUUUGUUUAAUACACGGUACUGUACCGAGUGUAUCAAAUUCGAGGCGUAAAACAUUGAAAAAAUACAUUAAAAUGAAAAAAAGUUUUCACUAUUAAAAAAACUACAAAAACAGUUGACACUACAUAAUAUUUAAAAAAAAAAUUUUUUUUAUAUAUUAAUGAAGAUUAACUAAUAAAUUAGGUGGCUGUUAAAAAAUUUCUAGGUUAUGAUUGUGACUUUACUACACACGAUACACCGAAUUAAAAUCUUUUCAUCAAUACACACACACACACAUCAAUAAAAAAUAAAAGUAAUUUGAUACGCCAAUGAAACUUUAAGUAUUUAAGGAACACUUGGAGUAAAUUAACUAUAAUGUGGAUCCCCAUUAGGAUUGUGUACUACAAACCAAUUUUUAUAUUUCGACAAUUUUCGAUCAUCAAACAAGCGAUGCAUAUGUGAUCAUGGGUUUGAUGAGUGAACCCUAAGGGAUUAGUUGAAAAUUUGUGUAAAUAUUAGUGAGAUUACAAGAAAUUAUUUUAGAAAUUCUCCUUUAUUGAUGUUUUAUUUGGGUUUCCCCCAGGGAAAGCCUCGAAUUUGGGAUACAAUUCACCCCUAGUGACAUAAAUUUUAUAUCUAUUGCAUAAAUAUAUAAAAACCUUGUAUAUAUAUUUUUAUUUAUUUAUAUUAUUAUGUGAUCAAAUUAUGAAGAUUUUUAUCGUGAUUCGAAAGAUCGAAAUCGCUUAUUUGAGAUGUUGUCAGAUCUGGUUUUAAUAAGAUCAGUUUCGACGUUGUCUAUGAAGAGGCCAUGCGUGUUGUAAAUGGUAUGAUAUUAAUGUAUGCAUUUAUCUUUUCUAGUUUUUAAAAAUAUAUUUUUUGACGAAUAAUAAUAAUAAAAAAAAAUAAAGUAUUUAUAGUGUUCUUAAGAAGCCUACGAAAGUAAAUUAUUGUAUAGUGUUAGGAUUAUAUCCAGUCACUUCUUCGAAAAUAUAAAUAUGUUGAAAGAUGAAGUAAAUGAUGCCAAAUAUUUUAAAAAUAGAUUUAAAAAAAAUAAUAAUGAUAAAAAUGAAAUUGUAUUUAUUUUAUAUGGUAAAUUUCUUCCAAGGCCAUUUUUUUGGCAGCCAGACUUUUUUAUGUAUUAUAUUUUCCUUUUUAGCACUUUAUUUAUUUAUUUAUUAUUUAAUUUUAAAUUAAUAUAUACUAGAAAUAUAUAUUAUAUGAAUUUUUGUUUAUAUUUUUUUGCUGGGUUUAUUUUUUCAACGAAUUACCUCUCUAAAUUUUUUUUACCUUCAAUAGACUAUUUAAAGAUGAGGUGCAAUAUGUAAACACAGUAUUAUGUCGAAAAUCCGGCAAGAAAAUAUUAACAAAAUUUUUUUUCUGGAUUUAACCUGUUUUCUUUGCGACUUACGACAUUGGUUCGAAAUUUGAGUUUCUUAACGGUCCUAAAUUUAUUAUUCCUCGUUUUCUUUCAAACAAUUUUCAUGGAUAUAAUAAUAAAUUUGAAUUUUAUAAAAUGACUUGAGGGUUAAAACGUUUUGAUAUAAGGUGGCUCAAAAUUCUAUAUUUUUUUCAUCAUCUGUAUAAAAUAAACGAUAAAUAAAUUAUUAGUCUUAGUAUAAUCAGCAGUUGUACUUUUUUUUCAGUGUAAGUUUAUGAAAAUUUUUUGUUUUUCUCAAUUCAUUACUUCAAAGAUUUUUUUAUAUAUUUCAUGAGAAAUCGUUCUGAUUCUAGAUCUCUUUUGGGUAAAAAUUUGACGUUUCGCCUUAUUCUGUCAAAAUAUUUUGAUACGAGGUCGUAACGUCAAAUUUUGAACUGAUUUUCUAUCAAAAGAAAUCUAAAAACGAAAAAUUUUACAUUAUAUUCUCAUGCGGACCUCGCCGUACGAUAGUUAUCCGGUCACGUGUGUACUGGUCUUAAUUCUUCUUAUU